AUGACUUUUGAAGAACUUAACGAAAAGAUCACCCCAGCGAACCCUAGUCGCGAAGUCUCGCCGAAUCGUGGAUCUUCAGUACCUCAAUCUGUCGCCAUUCCUAAACCCUGCAAACCGCUGCGACAAUGGCAACAAGAACAAAAUAUUGAUCGCGACGCGCAAAUAAAACUCACAAAACUCGUACAUAUGCGAUACCAGCAUCCAGAUCUUGAUGAAAUCACAAAGUUUCUACGCGACUUUGGCAUGAGCGUAGCCCAAAAAGCCGAGGGCAAGAAAUGGUUCAAGGGCUACAAUGACGAGCAAUACGUCUACUAUGCACAACAAGGCGAAAAGAAGUUCCUAGGAGGUUGCUUCGAAGUCGAAAGCUACGCCGAACUAGAAAAGGCAACCAAAGUCCCAGGCGCAAGUCCGAUCGAAGAAUUAACUGACGCUCCCGGCGGUGGCUCCAUGGUCACCUUGCACGACCCAGAAGGCUUCCCCAUCAACCUCAUAUUCGGCCAAACGAAAAAGGAACCCGGUCCCUUCCCCGAAGUCCUAACUACAAACUACGAAAAAGACAAGCCGCGCAUCGCUCGCUUCCAGCGCUUCAAACCGGGACCCGCAGCCGUACACAAACUAGGCCAUUACGGUCUCUGUGUGCAAAAUUUCCAGGAAGAAAUGCAAUGGUACACUCGAACUUUUAACAUCGUACCCACUGAUUUCUUAUACGUCAAAGUACCCUCAGAGGACCCCGUGUCGCCCCCUCAGCAAAAAGACGUAGCCAUCUUCGCCCAUAUCGAUCUCGGACCGGGUUAUACCGAUCACCACACCAUCUUCUUGUCUUCAAACCCUACAUCGCAUGUGCACCACAGCAGUUUCGAGGUUCACGACUUCGACACGCAGAAUCUGGGACAUGAGUGGUUAGCGCAGCGGGGUUACAAGAGUGUUUGGGGCGUAGGCCGACAUAUUCUGGGGAGCCAGUUGUUUGAUUAUUGGUGGGAUACUACGGGGAAUAUGAUUGAGCAUUAUGCGGAUGGGGAUCUGGUGAAUGAGGAUACGCCUGUUGGGUGGGGGGAGGCAGGGGAUGAGAGUUUAGCCGUUUGGGGGCCGGAGGUGCCGAAGUGGUUUUUGGAUUGA